AUGACCGAAGUUGAGUUUGAAUGGAACGAAUCAAAAUUACAAGCCUUAUCUAAUAUUCUUCCGAAAUGGGCGUCUGGAAAUAUCGAAAAUCCCAUAGAACUUGAAUCAGUUCAAUUAGAAGCUGAAAUAAGAUGGCUCACAAAUCGUUCAGAUACAGUUGGAGUCAAACAAGAGUUCAAAAGAUUAUUGAAUACUUCAUUUGAUCCAUUGAUGGAUUAUGAAGAACAUCAGAAAGUGAAAGAAGAAAUAUCAUCCGGGAAGAACAAUUUUAACUGGAUUUCAGACUGGUAUAAAAUUGCAGAAAAGUUGUCUAUCUCACACAUAGAUAAAAACACCAAUACAGUCACAUUUCGACGACUCCAAAUUCUUCCAAACGUUUUGCCCAUCUUAGUCAUAGCUCAUACAGCUCCUCAAAAUACAGUCCACUUUCUAUCCAAAAACCUUCUGGAUUUGUACUCUCAAUUGUUCUCGAGGCAAAUAGCACCCGAAUUCAAAACAAAACAUUUUCGGUGUUUGCCUUCUCUUUGGCUUCAAUACAAUGUGGUUGGACCGAUUUUAGAUAAAAUUGAAGGAGAUCAUCAGUCGAAAAUUACCGUAAUUCCAUUGGACGAAGCUACUGCAAACUGGGUCAAAAGGAAAUGGACGAACUAUGAGUACUUGACUUAUCUCAAUGAGAUAACUGGGCGAGUGAGGGGAGAAGUUCACAAUCAUCCGAUAUUCCCAUGGGUCUGUGAUUUCACAUCUGAAAAUUCGGGAUUUCGACAGUUGAAUCGGACAAAAUAUCGAUUAUGUAAAGGCGACGAUCAACUGAGAGAAAUGUAUUCUCGUGAACCAUCUCAUCAUGUUCCUGAACUUCUUUCCGACAUUGGCUAUAUGGUGUAUCGUGCUCGCGUUGAAUCGAAAGAGAAAUUGUGUCGUCAUGUACGGAGAAAAUGGGUUCCAGAAGAGUAUCCAUCAACUAUGAGUCGAAUGUUUCAAUGGACUCCAGAUGAAUGUAUUCCAGAGUUUUACGAUGAUCCCUCUAUAUUCAAAUCUUGUCACCCGGAUAUGUCAGAUCUCCGUUACCCAGAAUUUGUAUCCUCCCCUGAAGAAUUCAUUAUUUGGCACCGGAAAAUGCUGGAGGAUGAAGAAGUUUCGAUGAAUCUUCAUAGAUGGAUUGAUUUAGUUUUUGGAUUCAAUCUUUCUAUAGAAGACAGUAAAAACUCCCUGAACCUUCAUCUCUGCUUUGUUGAGAAAAAUCGUCGAGGUCUGCGAACAAACGGAAUGGUUCAACUUUUCAAUAGACCCCAUCCAUCAAGAAUCCCGUCGAAUUAUAAUCCGAAAAGCGACUCUUAUCAUCUUCAAAUGGAAUCUUUUGGAUACGGAAUGAAAGUGGAUCUACAAGAGAAGACAAUUGAAGAUGUCGAAGAAAGUGUUGAUGAAGACAGUCAUUGCCAAAUGUUUCAAAAAAUAAAAAAAGUUCGACGUCUUCGUCAUAAAACAUAUUUUUCGUCGAUGGUUUCUUUGAUGGAAAUGAUGGCCCAAAUCGUGUUAGCUCCACAUUUAGUUGGUCGAUUCGACGACCCUAAUCAUAUCCGUCGAUGUAUUCGUCUAUUCGCGUAUCGAAUUCCAGUCAACUACCGAAAACUUUUCGAUUUUCUUUUGAAUUUGAAUCAAGAUUUCCCAGAUUGUGAUGAAUUUGCAUUCUUCCUCUCCGUACGACUUAAUAUUCCAACGACAAUUUCCAAUUUUUCAGAAGAGUUUUCUAAAUGUGUCUCUCUACAUCUAUUGAGAAACUUGGAUGUAAUCCCACCGUUUUCAAAACGAUCACAAUUAUUACUGAUAAAAGAAGUGGAAAGUUUAAAGAAGUCGAUUAGAUUAUGUGAUCAUAUGGAACUAUGUGUAGUUGCUGCAUUUCAACAACUACUGGAAGAUGAGGAAGCAUGUAUUCAAGCAGUUCAUCGAUUGAUGCCUGUAAUUACAAGAAGUUUGAGUCAAUCAGCACUUGAAGAUCUUAUUAAUCCAAUGAUUGAACUGAUACAAUGUGAAACUUCAGUUAAACUUCUCGAUCGUCGCUUCCUAAUGCACGUUUCCAUUUGUUAUGGAACUCAUACAUUCUUAGAUCUUUUCCUCCCACCGAUUGUUGAAGCAAGUGCAUCAAUGAACUGUGACAGAUCAGUUGUUGCAAAAGAGAGCAUCAUGUGGCUUGCGAAGCGAUAUGGACCAGUGAUCUGUGCCAAAUUUAUUUCUUCAAAUCUUCUCCGGAUCAUGGCUAGUUGUUACGAAGGAUUCGAGUUGGUUGGAUUUGAUCAAGAACCAAAAUCAGUGUUUGGUGUUAUCCUUCAAGGAGACGAAACAUGUUCUAGAAUCGAAUCAUUGCUGUCGGAAAUAGUGCUGACCUACACUGUCACAUUCAUCACUGUUCAAUUUCUUCCUUUCUGUGUUGAUCUCAUCGAACAAUUUCACAAACGACCAUCUGUCCAACUCGAGCCAGGACUUGUAUCCGUGUUUCGAAUAGUUGAACUUUCGAUUCGAUCCAUGUCCGAUCAUCAACUUAUGAAUUACUUGGAGGAGUUCAUCAUACAAAAAGUGAUAUAUCGAGUACUCACCAUUCUCCUUGAUGUCAGCUUUCAAUUCUCGUCCGUCCGAGUGCGUAACAUUGUCAUUUGCAAGGUUUGUCAACUUCUCCACUCGAUAACUCAAAAAAUUGGAACAGAGAACUCUAGAAUCUACGCAAGUCAACCUUUCAAACUGAUCUUCUCAACAUUCAGUGAAAUAUAUGAAACAAAUGAAGAAUUGAGAAUAAAUGUGAGACGAAGAAGUCCUGAAAAUACUCUCUUCGAAGUUCCAUUGUGGAUGGUUGAAGAUGUCGUUGACAAAUUUGCCAAAGAGUGGGGAGUCCCAUUUCUCUCUUCUUUUUGUGACGAUCCUGCAUUUUUGAUUCCAUUCAUAUCAAAUACGGUAUCGUCCUCUCCAAAUAUAACAUCACAAAUGGCCCAUUCGCCUCCUUCUUCAUUCACAGCAUACUCUCUUGGAAGCAUGUCUUCUGGAAACCGUCUGUUUUCUUUAUCUGCUUCUAGUCCUGUCAGUUCUGCGAACAGUUUAGGCGGCCUCAGCUUGUGCGAUUCUGGAUCAUUGAGUGCUGUUUGGUGUGCUAGGGUUUCAGCAGCUGUUUGCGGAGUCGACAAUUACCGAUUCGAUCAUUUAUCCCUUUGUAACUUCACUGGUCAUCAGGAAAGAAUCAGAAAGCUCGCUGCAAUAUCAAAUGAAAACUCUUUUGUGUCAGCUUCGUCAGACAAAACUGUCAAACUCUGGUCUAUAAAACCGGAACAAGAUGAGAUUGGUUGUCAAUGGACAUAUCCAAAUCACACUCGAUCUGUACACGAUGUCACAAUUCUGGCUGAUAAUUCAAUUGCCUCCACCGAUGGUGUCCUUCAUGUAUGGGAUCCAUUUAGAACUACACUGCUGGCACAAUUAGAAUGGGACUCGAAAGAGGGAAAUGGUGGAAAUAUAAUGAGAAUUGAGAAUGUCGAUCGACACAUUCUAUCGGCUAUUUGUAGUCUCCAUUCCACUGUUAAACUAUUCGAUAGUAGAGUUGGUGGAUGGACGUGUGAAUUGAAAGUGUCUCCUGGACCUGGAUUAACAAGAGCAAUUACAGUCAGAGAUAAUGGAAACAAAAUGGCAGUUGCUCUCUCAAACGGAACUCUCGCAAUUCUCGAUGCACGAAACGGAAAGAUCAAUGCUCUUGCUCAAACGAAUUCCACGCACACCGUUUCGGUGAACUGGCUGAGUGAUUCCCGACUUCUCGUGUGUGAUGCUGAUGAAUGUGGAGUUUUUCUGGAAACUAACCCGAGAGCUCACAUUGUCCGAAAACUUCAAGAUCCUGUAAGCGCUGCAGUUCUGACCGACAACUCUUUGGUCACUCUCCAAACUGGUUCCAUGCUCAGAGUGUACCGAAAUAGUGGAGAGCUCCAAAUAGAAACUAAGAUCCGCCCUGAUGAAUUACCAGGAACUCCCACUGCAGUUCUUCCGCUUCCCCUUAAUUGCUCAUAUCUGAUUGGUUCGAGUCAUGGAGCAAUUCGCUUGAUGUGUUAA